UAACCUACUAGAAACUUCCCUGUCUCCGCACCCUUAUAUCUUCACCCUCAUUUGCUCUCAGAUAGAGUGCUUGUGGUCUGCUCGUGCCGUCUCGUGUUAGGGUUUUUACAUUCAAUCUCAAUUUUUCUGCCCCAAAGAAUCGUUACUAUGGGGAAGUGCUACCCGACUGUGACCGAGGAUUACAAGAAGGCUGUUGACAAAUGUAAGAGGAAGCUCAGAGGGCUCAUCGCUGAGAAGAACUGUGCUCCGUUGAUGCUCCGUAUCGCAUGGCACUCUGCUGGUACAUUUGAUGUGAGCUCUAAGACCGGCGGUCCGUUCGGCACAAUGAGGCACAAGGCUGAGCAAGGUCACGCAGCUAACAAUGGCCUUGAGAUUGCUGUUAGGCUCUUGGAGCCCAUCAAGGAGCAGUUUCCCCUCAUCUCUUAUGGUGAUUUCUAUCAGCUCGCUGGAGUUGUUGCGGUUGAAAUUACUGGCGGACCUGAUGUCCCCUUCCACCCAGGGAGAGUGGACAAGCCUGAGCCACCAAUGGAAGGUCGUCUACCUGAUGCUACAAAGGGAAAUGACCAUUUGAGGGAUGUAUUUAUUAAACAAAUGGGUCUAUCUGAUAAGGACAUUGUUACUCUCUCUGGUGGCCAUACCCUGGGAAGGUGCCACAAGGAACGAUCUGGAUUUGAGGGACCCUGGACUACCAAUCCUCUUAUCUUUGAUAAUUCGUACUUCAAGGAACUCCUGAGCGGAGAGAAGGAAGGGCUCUUACAGCUUCCUUCUGACAAAGCUCUUCUGAAUGAUCCGGUCUUCCGCCCUCUUGUUGAGAAAUAUGCUGCGGAUGAAGAUGCCUUCUUUGCUGAUUAUGCAGAAUCCCAUAUGAAACUCUCUGAGCUGGGAUUCGCAGAUGCAUAAUUGAUUGGAGGAACUAGGCGGAGUGAUGGCCUGCUUUCUUCUGGUUUUUUAUAUUUUGAUUGGGAAAGACUAAGUUGUGUGUAGUUGUUGGUUGUUUAAGUCGUAGCUUUUUGCUCUUUUGCUGGAGGUGGCAUGGAUGGAGGUUUUUUGGAAACUUAUGGUCAUUUUCUUCCCAUAUAAUAAAAGAUAAAAACUAGUCAGAUAUUUGCUCA